CGGCAGACGAAGCCAACUGAGUGCUGGGUGCGCCAGUGCCUUCCAAGGUUGUCUUACCAUCUUCUGUCAGACAGCACUUGAGGAUAUCAUACAGCUUUGCAGUGAAUCCAGCUGUGUAGAGCCUGGUUACUUGGACAACAUCCACUAGCUAUGUUGCAUGUUGACUUUGCAGGCUUGGUAGGUUUUGUUUGCGUCGGGCAAUGGGAAAAUUUUUCUUUGCCCAAUCGAGAUAUAGCAGCGGCCAGAGACUACUCCGCAACUUCACCCCACGAACUCGCUUCGGGAACGAGAGCCUGCUCUCUCACUGCCAUCCUACACGCUCAGUAAAGUCCUCAUCCUUUACAACAGCACUACCUGCCUUUACUUCCCAGUGUCCUUGCCAUACCUCCCUCGCCAUCAAAAUGUCCGAAAUCACCCACCAGACCAUCAAAGAUGGAUGGUUCCGCGAGAUCUCAGACAUGUGGCCCGGCCAGGCCAUGACCCUGAAGGUCAAGAAGGUUCUGCACCAUGAGAAGAGCAAGUACCAGGACGUCCUGAUCUUCGAGUCUACCGACUACGGCACCGUUCUGGUCUUGGACAACGUCAUCCAGUGCACUGAGCGGGACGAGUUUUCCUACCAGGAGAUGAUCACCCACCUGGCCAUGAACUCCCACCCCGACCCCAAGAAGGUUCUGGUCAUUGGUGGCGGCGAUGGUGGUGUUCUCCGUGAGGUUGUCAAGCACGAGGGCAUCGAGGAGGCCGUCCUGUGCGACAUUGAUGAGGCCGUCAUUCGUCUUUCCAAGGAGUACCUUCCCGGCAUGGCUGCGGGUUAUAACCACCCCAAGGUCAAGGUCCACGUCGGCGAUGGCUUCAAGUUCUUGGACGACUACAAGAACAGCUUCGACGUCAUCAUCACCGACUCUUCUGACCCAGAGGGCCCGGCUGAGAGCUUGUUCCAGAAGCCCUACUUCCAGCUGAUGCACGAUGCCCUGCGGGAUGGCGGCGUCAUUACUACGCAAGGUUCUGAGAACCAAUGGCUCCACCUGCCUCUCAUCACCAAGCUCAAGAAGGACUGCAAGGAGAUCUUCCCUGUUGCCGAGUACGCCUACACCACCAUCCCGACCUACCCCUCAGGACAGAUCGGCUUCAUGGUCUGCUGCAAGGACGCCAACCGCAACGUCAAGGUGCCGGUUCGGUCCUGGUCCCCAGAGGAGGAGGAGAAGCUGUGCAGGUACUACAACUCGGAGAUCCACAAGGCCUCCUUCAUCCUGCCCACAUUUGCUGCCAAGGCCCUGCAAUAAGUGGCAGUAUUGAUCAGGCGUGGUCUGAUAUCGUGAGGCCCCGGGAUGGCCGACGAGUCCCACGGGAAUCUUGAGGGUCAGAGCUAUUCCAAGCUGCUACGGUGAAUGGGUGGACCAUGAAACGGGUCGAUCAUACUGGCAAGAAUCCUGACGGAUCAUAAAAUGCAAGCACUCGAUGCUUGCAAAUAAACUUGAUAUAUACCCUUUAAAGCCAGGAUCUUGGCAGCCCCAUAUCUUUGAUCCGAUUAAUCCUGACCCUUGUCGCCAAAUUGUACUUUGCCCUGACUGAUGUCGGGAUACACGUCGAAUCGCCUCUGGUGCCUCAGCGGUAUACUUUUCCUCGUCUCCUCAAUUUUCUCGCCAGUUAGGUCUGCCGUCACUAUUGUCUCCUUUUCCUCGGCCUCCACGACAACCUGUGCCAUGGGGUCCACCACAAGGCUGUGGCCGUAGGCAGGGUACGUGGCGUUGACGUCCCGUGCUGGGGAGCAGAGCGCGACGUAUACCUGGUUGUCCAUGGCUCUAGCCCGACCCUGCAAGCUCCAGUGUAGCGGGCCCGUGGUGGUGUUGAACGCGCCCGGGUAUAUCAGCGCGAAGCAGCCCUUGCGGGCGGCCACCAUUGCCAGCUCUGGGAAGCGGAUGUCGUAGCAUAUUGCCACAGCGAUCUUGCCGUACUCAGGCAGGUCGACGAUGGUGACCUUGUUUCCUGGUGAGAGGACAUCGGACUCCCUGAACUUGAUCUUGCCGGGGAUAUCAAUGUCAAACAGGUGGACCUUCCUAUGCUUGGCCAGCAGGUCCCCGCCCGGCCCGAAAACCAGUGAGGUGUUGUAGUAUAGCUUCUUGUCCUCCUUCCCAUGCUGUUCUGACUCUGGUAUCGAGCCUCCGACUAGAUAUGUGCCAGUCUCCCUGGCCAUCUCCGACAGGGCAUGGUAGCUGGGACUCUGCUCCUUGCUCGGCGGCGACGGCAGCAGCUGCUCGGCGUACGUGGGGAAGUAGUCGCACCCGUAGGGCGAGUUGAAGCACUCCGGGAGGACGAUUAUCUUCGCGCCCAUCUUGGCGGCUUCAUGGACCUUCUCACGCGCGUUGGCGAGGUUGGCGUUCUUGUCGGCGCCACUGGCGAGCUGAACGCACGCCAGCUUGACGGGCUUCUUGAGCACCAGGGCGGGGCUCGCGGACGCCAUGUUUCUCUGGAACCACCUGAUCGGUAUAAGACGGGACGCGGGAGAUCUUGGGCUGCGGCUAAUAGAGAUAAUUGUCCUCCACGUGGUCCGCAUUCUCAGCAGCGGGGGAGAAAAUGGUUGCGACGACAAUGCGGAGGUAUAGAGCGUGCCGAUGUCGACAUCGGCAC